AUGCGCACACUUGUAUUACUUCUUGGCAUUGCGCACGUUUACGCUCACUACAGUACUCAACCGUCUGGAUACGGUAACAACAAUGCGUAUGAAGUGCAGCAUACAGCAAAGAAGUCACCUAACAACAAGCCAGUGGACUACACUAGGUCUAAUGACUUCCCUGGCUUCAACUUCAUUGGUAACAAGGUCUCUCAGCAAAACCUUGGUCAGCACAACCAACAAGGACAAACUAACGUCCAGAAGGGAGGAGAUCAGACCAACGUAGGAGCAAAUGCCAAUGCCGUCAAUGUAGGACAAGUGAACAACCAAGACUAUUCUGCCAUACUAAUUCCAAACAACAAUUUCGAUGGCAGGUAUCAAUCUCACGACGCCCCUACUUAUACUGCGAUCCUAAUCCCUCGCAGUAGCUAUGGCCAAAGCCAACAUCCACUCUAUGAUGGUGAAGUUAUUGCUUCGUCUCCUGACAAUAAAAUGGCACAGCAUCAACUCGGACAGGGUGCAAAUCAGGGACGGUAUACGGGCGGAGCCCAGGCUGGCACGAUUGUUAUUAACAACAUUAUCUACGUCACCCAAACUGCUACGCAGACUGUCAGCGGGACGAGGUGA